AUGGGAAAUAUAUUGAGUGACAAUGCAACGGCUAAUGGUAGAUCUUUCUUGGUUAAUGUAACGGAAGAUGCUAGAUCAACUCACAUGGUUAAUGUAACGGAAUAUGCUAGAUCAACUCUCGAUGUUAAUGUAACGGAAGAUGCUAGAUCAACUCUCAUGGUUAAUGUAACGGAAGAUGAUAGCUCAACGCUGAAUGUUCAUGUAACGGAAGAUGCUAGAUCAACAUGCUUAUCAUCUCUAAUUGUGAAUGUAACGGAAGAUGAUAGCUCAACUCUCAAUGUUGAUGUAACGAAAGAUGCUAGAUCAUCUCUUAAUGUGAAUGUAACGGAAGAUGCUAGAUCACCUCUAAAUGUGAAUGUAACGGAAGAUGCUAGGUCAUCUCUAAUUGUGAAUGUAACGGAAGAUGCUAGAUCAUCUCUAAUUGUGAAUGUAACGGAAGAUGAUAGCUCAACUCUCAAUGUUGAUGUAACGAAAGAUGCUAGAUCAUCUCUUAAUGUGAAUGUAACGGAAGAUGCUAGAUCAUCUCUUAAUGUGAAUGUAACGGAAGAUGUUAGAUCAUCUCUUAAUGUGAAUGUAACGGAAGAUGAUAGCUCAACUCACAAUGUUAAUGUAAGGGAAGAUGCAAGAUCAUCUCUUAAUGUGAAUGUAACGGAAGAUGCUAGAUCAUCUCUAAUUGUGAAUGUAACGGAAGAUGCUAGAUCAUCUCUAAUUGUGAAUGUAACGGAAGAUGAUAGCUCAACUCUCAAUGUUGAUGUAACGAAAGAUGCUAGAUCAUCUCUUAAUGUGAAUGUAACGGAAGAUGAUGGCUCAACUCUCAAUGUUAAUGUAAGGGAAGAUGCUAGAUCAACUCUCAUGGUUAAUAUCACGGAAGAUGCUAGAUCAACUCUCAUGGUUAAUGUAACGGAAAAUGAUAGCUCAACGCUGAAUAAUAAUGUAACGGAAGAUGCUAGAUUAACUCUCAAUGUAAAUGAAACGGAAGAUGCUAGAUCAAGGUUCAAAGUUAAUGCAACGGAAGAUGCUAGAUCAUCUCUCAAUGUUAAUGUAACGGAAGAUGCAAGAUCAACUAUCAGGUUAAUUAAACGGAAAAUGCUAGAUCAACUCUCAAUACGGAAAUUGCUUGAUAACUCUCGUGGUAAAUGUAACGGAAAAUGCAAGAUAGCUAUCAUGGUUUAUGCAAUGGAAGAUGCUAGUUUAACUAUCAUGGUUAAUGCAACGGAAGAUGCUAGAUCAACUUUCAUGGUAAAUGAAACGGAAGAUGUAAGAUCAACUCUAAUGGUUAAUGUAAAGGAAAAUGAUAGAUCAACUCUUAAUGUUAAUAAAACGGAAGAUGCUAGAUCAACUAGAUCAAUAUUGUGAC